AUGGUUGCUGGUGCGAACCAUUCGAUGCCCCUGCUGCUGGACAACAGAGACAUCUUUGCCAACCUCAACUCUAUCCAACCCGCCUCCGACUGGCUCUCCCUUUCCCUCGCCAACAACAUCUCCCUCCCCCUCUCUCAUACCAACAACACUGGUAACAAUGCCUUCUUCCCUUACUCCACAUCCCUCUACAACAACCACAACCACAACUCCUCUUCAAACACAAGCAACUCGAGUAGCAACAAUACCGUGGGAGCAGCAGUAGGUGCAGCAGGUUCUGCACCGUCGUCGUCGUCGCGUCUUCCCUUCGUCCCCACGGUGUCGUCGUCUCCUUCGAAUGGUUUUGCGCAGUUUCAAGAGUACCGAACGCAUCAGCAGGACCCUGAUGUCUUCUCGGCCUGGCCUUCCUCCCCAACCUCCUACCUCACUGCUGCGACUCAAGCCUUGACAGGCAACGCGCAUUCCAUCCAAACCAACCUCCCCCAACCCUCGAUUCAGCAGCAGUUCCAGUUGCAACAACAACAGCAACAGCAGCAGCAGAUCCAGCGCCCUUCAUUUCAGCAGCAGCAACACGUGUCGUCCACGACAACAAUUCCGUCGUCGGUCCUCAAGCCAAAAUCCCUCUUCCUCAACCCCACUCAAUACCGGCAACAGCAGCAACAGUCAAGUCUAGGUGCGGGGAUGAUCUCUCCACCCGAGACCCCCUCGUCGACACCAUCACCCGUCAGUCUCGGACGCCACGACCUUAUUGCUUCUUCGUCGUCUUCGUCCCCGCAACCCAUCCCCCAGGUGCCAUCUGUAUCGACCCUCCGGUCUCCCUUGACUCCUACCUCUCCCAUGGACGAGUCCUCCUCCUCCAGUACUGCAACGUUGUUCUCGAACCGAUCUGAUUCCAUGCCCACCCUUCACCCUUCAUCCCCGACUUCCCCGACUCCCCUAACAGACGAACAACAGCAGCUUCGUCGAGUCAGCGAGGGCUUGCUCCUCCACCACCCACAUCACGCUCAUCACUUCAACAACCCUAUCCCUCCUCACCUCCAACGCCUCACACACCCUCAAGCUGUUGGGUUCAAGUCCAUCAAAGUCUCCAAGGCCCGCAAGCCGUCCAAGGCAGCCAUCAAGGCCGCUGCCGGGUUGGGAGUUCGUUGCCAGAACUGUGGAGUUACUGUUACACCCCUUUGGCGUCGAUCAGCCGACAAUGAGCCUCUUUGCAAUGCUUGUGGUCUUUACCAUAAACUCCAUGCGAUGCAUCGGCCUAAGCACCUGCAGCAGCAGGGUCAGCCUGGUACGGGGAUCCGUGGUGGUGGGGCUACCCUGGGACUCAAGGACCUCAGACUGUCCUCGGACGGUUCUUUAUAUAAUGGCGAGAGGUCUGGAUCUGUCAGUUCUGACGGUAGUGCUGGCCCUGAUGCCUCGUCUGCAUCCUCACCCACGGAUGGCCCAAUCGUCAGCUCUCCCGGAUCAGGCACCACUUCCUCAUCCGACACACCAAACGCCGCAUCUGCGGCCCGUUUGUCUUCCCGUCCCUUCCCCCUCCCAGCAUCGUCAACAUCAACAACCUCAACCGCAGGCGGCACCAACAUCCAGCCCAUGUGCACAAACUGCAGGACAACACUCACCCCUCUCUGGCGGAAAGACGACGCCGGCGAGAUCCUCUGCAACGCCUGUGGGCUUUACUACAAACUGCACCAUAUCCAUCGGCCUAUUUCGUUGAAGCGGAACGUCAUCCGUCGUCGGUCGAGGUAUGAGGGCUCUACUACUACUGGAUCUGUGACGAGUGUGAAACCGGCAGUUAGUCCCGUAGGUGUUCAGCACCACUUGGUCCAGGGGAUCGCGCGUUCUCAGCAUAUGCUUCACCACCACCACCAUCAUCAUCGUCAACAGCAGCAACAGCAACAACAACAUCAACAUCAACAUCAACAACAACAGCAACAGCAACAGCAACAGCAGCAACAGCAGCAACAGCAGCAACAGCAGCAGUUCCAGCAGUACCAAGCUCAGAUGAUGGGGUUCAGUCAUGGUCACGGUCAUGGAUACGGUCAGGAUGUGCAUAUGGGUAUGGCCUUGCCCAUGCCCCAGCACCUCGGUCUCCAGCACCAGCCUCAACAUCCUCAGCAGCAACAGCAGCAAGGGUCGCCUUUCGGUAUGGCCGAAUACGCCAACUAG